CUUCAGACUUCUGCGCGUCCAGUCCAUUCAUCUGCCGCUGCGUGUGGAUGCGCGUCCGGAGAGAGUCACAUCAACGCGCACAGGGACGAUUCGUGAUCAAAUGAACAUGAAAUAACGAAAGAAGAGGAAUUUAUUUCUUUGCCAAACACUUUUUCUUUCGUUUUAUCAGGGUCGAGUCCUGGCUUUUUUAAAAUCACAAUUCCUAUUGCGACAUCUCGUUAACCUUUCGACUUACUGCAUGAAUUUUACAUUAUGAGUUCGAUAUUUCUCCUAACGUGUUCUCCUAUAAAUGAUUAGAACAUCGUCGCCUUAUCGUUCCCUUUUGGUUAACUUUUGACGACAGGAAUAUGGCCAAAAAUAUCACAGACGUCCCGAGAGAUGAUUUAAGUAGAAUAUCCGACGAAGAACUCCUCAAAUGUAGCAAAGAAGAUCUACUCAGGAGGCUCCGAAAAGCGGACAACGAGAAGAUGAACUUGAUGCUGGAGCACGGCAACAUGAUGAAGGACGUCAACCGGAGAUUGCAAGUGCAUCUCCACGAGAUUCGGAGUUUGAAGGAGGUCAACCAGAAACUCCAGGAGGACAACCAGGAGCUCAGAGAACUCUGCUGCUUUUUGGAUGACGAUCGACAGAAAGGGAAAAAGCUUUCUAGGGAAUGGCAGAGAUUUGGCAGGUACACGGCCAGCGUCAUGUGGAAGGAGGUUGGCAUAUUCCAGCAAAAGCUGAAAGAUCUAGAGGUCGGACAGGAGAGUCUGUUGAGAGAGAAUGCGGAGCUGAAGGAGAUCAUCGUCAUGUUAGAUGAGGAGAGGAACGGGGCUGGAUCCAGGAGCUCUAUAGACAGCCAGUCCAGUCUGACCAAUUUGAAUGGAGGUUCGGGUACCAUGAGAGAUGUUGGAGAUGGGAGCAGUACAUCCAGCACGGGGAGUGCUGGGAGUCCAGAUCACCAUCACAGUCAUAUGCUUAAACCUUCAGAGGGCAAGAUGGUUUCUUUAAGAAGGUCUAUGGAUGACCUGUCCACUAACCAUCUGCUUAGAACCAUACCCAAUGGACUCAAUGAUUCGUCUGCAAACUACAUCCGCCAGCUUGAGACUAAAGUCCGGAUUUUAGAGGAUGACAACAAACAGCUAUUAUCCCAGCAGGGGAACAUCGCAGAUCUGAAGACGCUUCGGAAAGGGCUUUCCCUGUACCACUCAGAGUCCCAGCUCACCUCGCUGUCCCAGUAUCAGGACACGUUACAGAACGGCUCUACACGGAUGCCCGGAAGUGAUCUGCCAUCCCCUGUCACAGGAUACCUGCCCGCAUCACAUAAACCUGAGGCUGUUGUACAUGCCAUGAAAGUAUUGGAGGUCCACGAGAACCUGGAUAGGAAAAUCCCAGAGGAAUAUGAGGAGGAUCUCAGUGAGAAAGAGAAAGCAAUUGUUAGGGAGAUGUGUAAUGUGGUCUGGCGUAAGCUCGGUGACGCUACCGGAUCGAAACCCUCCAUCCGUCAACAUCUCUCUGGGAACCAGUUCAAAGGCCCUGUGUAGCUCACUGUCAAUGACCAGCAGGGCCGUGAACAAACAAACAAAUCUGUGAAUACUAGGAGAGGAACAGACGGGCAAUUUUGGGAUUAUACAGAAGAACUUUGCAUCUUCUGCCAGCUCCUCUCAGCCCACGGCAUUCUGUUGAGACGUUUCAUUCCAGGACUGGUAGAAUAUAAUAAAAGUCUCACAAUUAGCACAAGUUAAUCGAUUUAUUUAUCUGCAUACCAUUUAAGUAUUCAGAAAAGGCAGCUUAGUGGAUUUGUUUAUUCCCGCUGUAGAAAGAAAGCACACAGCGCUUAGAUGAAAUGCUUCAUGGAAUCACUUCUACAUAAUCGAACCAUUACACUCCUAAAUCGGCCACUCAUAUUAUGAAUGUUAAUAUCAGAGGAUUAAUCUAUGUAAUUACCAACACAGCUGCAAAAUAAGUCUUAAAGUAGUUGCAAAUAAUAUUUGCUCAGGUUCUAGACAUGUACUCCAACACUUUUAAUACAAAUAAAUUCUGUAUCCUGAAGACAGCCAGAGGCUAUGUACUGUGUAACUAUGAACGGUGUAAAUGGCAGAUACUAAUAAUCUUAAAAUUCAGUCAUUUUGUUCAGACUGUUCAAUAUAAAUUCCAGGUCACAAAGUUGCAAGUAAUACUACUUGAUGUACUUUAAGAUUCUGAUUGACAAUCAUGUGUUAUACUUUCUAUGCCCUCCUUUGUGUUUUUGUAGUCUGAUAAACGUAAGCAAAUGAAGUAAAAGUUCUUAAUGUUCGAGUUGUCUGAACAUCAAAAGGUGUCACAAUACAAUGCUUUUGAGUGUAAAUGAGAUCUUAUACAUCCCUUCCUACAGUACUGCUAAAUAUGUAUGAGGUGUACAGGAUAAAGUGCUGUAUUAGAAGAACUGGAACUGUUUGUACCUUUUUUGUACAAUUUUAAGUUCUGGAUACUUGAUAGGUGCAAUAGAUCAACUCUGCAAAUACUGUGCAAUCUUUCAUACUGAGUGUGGAAGUAUUGCGAGCUGUCAGUUUAGUCUGGAAUAUCAAUACAAUAUUUCAAAAUGCAUCAAGUAUAUGACUUUAGCACAUGCAUUUUUAAUGAAGUACAGUAGUCGGUAUGUCACAUAAUUACAUUUUCUCUACCCUUUUACCCAGCGUAACAUUUAACACUGAAGCAGACCAUAUGCACAAGACAAUUCAUUUCGAGGUUUUCAUUAUUAAUAAUACAUUUCUGCUUAUUUUUAGUUAUAUGUAAAAUGUCUAAUGCUCUUUCAUAGACUUCAUGAGACCACCAGGCAGCAUCGUUUUGUGUACCUUUAUGUAAAUGAGAUAUAGCAGUUUUCUGUGUAUAAGAUCUCCAUACAAGUUUUAUGAACAGAAGGUUUCUAGUUAAAUCCGAAUGCAGUAAAUGAUGCUUCUUUAAGUUUUCUGUGUUAUUCAGAUGUAUUAUCUAUGUAAAUGAGAACUGCCUCAAAAGAUACUUGCUGCAUUCACACAAAUGCUCUUUCUUUAAAAAUCAGUGACCCAAUAAGCCAUACUUUUUAUUGUCUGUUAAAAUAAAAGCGUUUCCUGAGCUUUGCAGGAAUCCUCAAUCAAUCAAGUUAUUGUUAUAUUAAUGUUGAAUUUUUUUCAAUUGUAUAUAAGAGCACAGUGCUGGAUUGAAAUCACAUUCGUUUUGGAUGGUUUUGUUCACCCUGGAUGCAGCAGGUGGCUUUUGGUGUGGUGUGUUAACUUGUCCUUCAUUUAAGUGAACAAAAUGAGCAGCAAACAUUUGAAAAAGGAAAUAAAUAGGCAUUUACGUGUAGACCUUUUAUAAUUGUGUAUUUGCAUAUUGACUAAUGAUAAGGAUACCUAAUGAAUUUAGGAGGGUAAAAACGUGUGUUCUGUAAGUGAGACGGUGUGUAUCGUCUAAAAUGAUGCUGUAUUUCAUGUACACAAUACCUUGAUAGUGGGUAGACUCGUUCAUGAAAACUAUUUUUGAAAAAUGAAGUGUCCUUUACAAACAGAUCUAACCCACACAACUACUGACUUUUUAUAUUUGCUCAUUUUAAAGCACAAACGAAUCUGAAAUGCUGAUACUUUCCUCUUAUUUUUUCAAAUGCACUGCUUCUUUUGUGAAUGAGGAUUCGAUGUUUAAAUUGUUUAUAAAUGUAUAUGUUCUGUUAAGCUUGUCUGUAUGUGAAACGCAUGAAAUUGUAUUCUAGGACAUACAAUUCAGUGCUCUGUAAAUAAGUUACUGUAGAAUACCUGUAAUAAGCAUGGUUAUAUAUUUUAAUAAGCUGUAUGUAGCCGAGAAUUGACCUGUAUUUUAGCAGAUAAAUAAAUUGCAAAUAACCCUC